AUGGCGGAGCGGGGGCCCGGUGCGAAGCCGGGCGAGGAGCCGGACGGAGACUCCCCCAAGGCGGAGAACGAGCCCCAGCCCCUGCACGGCUCCGGCAUCUGUAAGUGGUUCAAUGUUCGCAUGGGCUUCGGCUUCCUCUCCAUGACCGCCAAGGGCGGCGCGACCCUGGACUCCCCCGUCGAUGUCUUCGUGCACCAGAGCAAGCUCCACAUGGAAGGCUUCCGCAGCCUGAAGGAGGGUGAGGCUGUGGAGUUCACCUUCAAGAAGUCCUCCAAAGGUCUGGAGUCCAUCCGGGUGACUGGCCCCGGGGGGGUCUUCUGCAUCGGCAGUGAGAGGAGACCCAAAGGCAAGAGCCCUCAGAAGCGCAGAUCAAAGGAGACAGGUAAGAGAUGCUACAACUGCGGCGGGCUGGACCACCACGCCAAAGAGUGCAAGCUGCCCCCGCAGCCCAAGAAGUGCCACUUCUGCCAGAGCAUCAGCCACAUGGUCGCCAACUGCCCCGCGAAAGCACAGCAGUCGCCCAGCUCGCAGGGCAAAGCUGCCUGCUGCCGGGAGGAGGAGGAGGAGAUGCACAGCUCCGCCCUGCUCCCCGAGGCCCCGCGAGUGACGGCGGCUGCGGGGGGCAGGGGCCGGGGGGGGGCUUCCAUCGGGGGGAAAGGCUUUGGCAAGACCCCCAUAACCACUCUGGCCCUACCAAAGACCUGCAACCGCCCAGGUCCUGCCCCGGACCAGGCUGGCUCCCCUUACAGCUGCCACGCAGCACUGGCGCCGCUGUCCCGCAGCCGCCCCCUGCGAGCUGCCAUCGCCCUGCCAGGCUGCCCCGGAGCCGCCCCGGCCACACCCCCCGGGCCCGGCCACACCCCCCCCGGGCCCGGCCACACCCCUCCGGCCACGCCCCCAGCCAGCUUCCCCCGCCCCCGCGCAUGCGCUUUCCCGACGAGCGGCGCGGGCUGGUGA